AUGAUAGUAGCCAACGUCCAUAAUCCCGAGCCAUUAGACCGAAGAGCAUCCAAGGGAAAUAGAUUAUCUGAUCCAGACUUCUUCCUUGACAGUUCAGACUACUUCGACAGUAAAGAUCGAAGACCAGGACGAUACGUCACGGCGGAGGACCAUCGUCUCGCUUUGGAGAAUCUUCGUGCAGAAAUGAUGAUAGAAAUCAAGAAACUCAACGCAAGACAGGGAGGAGGAAGACUAGAGGAAGUGAUGAGAGAAUCCGCUACGACACCACUGGAGGCCCACCUAUCCAGAGCGCCCAUUCCCCAAAAAUGCCCCAUAUCAGCGUUCGAAUGCUAUGAUGGAUCUAGUGACCCAGCGGACCUUCUUCGAUAUUACAAUCGAGUCCUAGACCAAUGGGAUCAAGACGAUGUGGUUGUUUGCAGAUACUUCCCUUCGAGCCUCAAAGGAUCGGCCCUUUCCUGGUUUGACAAUCUACCGCCAAACUCCAUCAACUCUUACGACCAGCUCACGGAAAAGUUCCUGGGGACGUACAUGUACAACAAGACUGUCAACACCGGAAUGGACAAGCUUUUUUCACUAGCCAUUGCUCACAAGGAGAUGAUCAGGGAGUAUACCGAUAAAUGGCAUAGGAUCUGCCAGGAAAUUGGAAAUGUUGACCCAGUGGUUAGCGUCAAUUGUUACAAAUGGGGAUUGGACCGCAUGAGCCCCUUAUUCAUUGAGAUUCAUGGAAGUAUUUCGAUGACCGAAGGAGAUAUUCGAGUUAUCAUUGAGAAGCACGCCAUGAUGGAGGAAAUACAGCGUAAUAACCCAAGGGCACAGGUGCAAAAAGCUCACCGUACCAAUUAUGUGGAGCAAACCAACGGGUCAAAAAGGAAAAAUUCGAUAGACCAGUCCAACGAAGACAAGAGAGGUCGAACGGACGACCAUCGGCGCGAUGAAAAUAAAUUCGAAUACCAAGUUUACACGAAGAUCAAUACCAGCUACGUUCGCAUCCUAAGGAAAAUUAAAAAUCGAGCCAAUCUCGAGUGGCCAUGGUCCAAGGGAAAGAAACCACCAAGAUCAAAGAAGUCAAGAGACUAUUGUGAGUACCACUGCUUCAACGGUCACCAGACGAAGAAGUACAAGAACCUGAAGAUCAUGAUCCAGAAGCUUAUCGACGUUGGGGAGUUGAAGCAAUACAUCCAAAAGGCAGAAACUGGCAAUGACCGGACUUAG